AUGAAAGCUUAUAUUGUCGAAAAAUGGCUCAAGGGCCCCGAAGAACUUGUUAUCAAGGAUGUGCCAUUACCUAACGAACCCAAGCAAGGUGAGCUACAAAUACAAGUCAAAUCUGCUGGUUUAAACUUUUUCGACACGUUAAUGAUUCAAGGCAAAUAUCAAAUCAAACCACCUUUCCCCUUUGUUCCCGGAGGUGAAUUCAGUGGUAUUGUGCUCAAGUCAACUGUGCCUAAAUUUAAAGCUGGUGACCGAGUAUUUGGAUCUGGUUAUUCAUUUGCAGAGGUGAUCAAUGUACCUGCUCUUAACGUGCUUCACAUGCCUAAGAACUUUAGUUUUCAACAAGCUGCUGGUCUCUACGUGACUUACCCUACUAGUUACGCUGCACUUGUUUUGCGCGCUAAAUUAAAGCAAGGAGAAUAUUGUUUAGUCCAUGCUGCUGCUGGUGGUGUUGGUAUUGCUGCUGUUCAAAUAGCCAAGGCAUUAGGUGCUAAAGUCAUUGCAACUGCUGGUUCAGCUGAAAAACUUGAGAUGGCAAAGCGAUUUGGUGCUGAUUUUGCUAUUAAUUAUCGCGAUAAAGAUUGGACUGAACAAGUCAAGAAAGUAACUCAAGGCCACGGUGCUGAUGUAGUCUAUGAUCCUGUUGGUUUAGUGGAAGCAAGGUAA